ACAUUGAUUAGUUUGUCAGCUAUGGAUAGAUCAACGGAUAAAAAUGGACGUAAAGUUUUUAAGCAACUAUCCAAAGAGUUAUGCGAUAGAAAUUUCAAUUGUAAUUUACAAAGUCAAGAUAGUGAAGAUUUAUCUUCGGAGAUCAGUUUCAACACAAACAUUACGAGAAGUGAUAACGUAAGCUGCUACAGCUGGAGGAACGAAACUAAAGACGCGAAGCGAAUUCAAAUUAAUAGCGCAAACUCGAUUAUAGUGUCUUAUCCUUAUCCUUCCUUGGAGGGUCCAGAUCCCAGCUGUUACGACUACAUGAAUUUAAAAAUAGAAUACAAGAACAUAGUUCCGUAUCCAGAUAUCAGCUGUUACAGUUAUUUGGAAAUAGGUGUUAAUCCUAUGGGAUUUAUACCCAUAUAUCCAUCGGACGAUUCUCUAUUCUAUUUAAACGAAAUUCGUCAUCAUUUCGCUCGCCGAAUGUCCAGAGUACAUUCCGUAGAUUCAGAAUACGAUAGCGAUACUGAAUCGUCCUCUAGCGAUGAUGAUGAAAAUGAAACCUGGCACGAUGUUUUGGACAACACUGCCACGUUGACAAGAGAUUAUAUAUACAAUUCUCCAGCAAGAGGAGAUAGCAAUUCAUCAAGUGAAAGUUGUAGUAGCGCCAGUACGGUUGAAUAA